AUGUAUUACAGUUAUCAAAUUCAUGACCGACACACUUACUCUCUUAUUUUACGUUCACGUCGGCUUUUCCACCAGUAUUUAGUGGAUGCCUAUACUUGCAUUGAACAAUCUAGGCUUGACUUUAUUGAACAACAUCAACAACAAUUACGUAUAGAGUACAUCAGCGGUGUUUACGAUGCUUUGUCCAAAGGUGAUACAGAUAGUCAUGUCAUUGGAAAACGUGUAUUUCUACCUGCAACUUUCGUUGGGGGACCUAGGUAUAUGUAUAAACACUAUCAAGACGCUCUUGCCAUUUGCAAGGUUCAUGGUAAGCCACAAUAUUUCAUCACUUUCACUUGCAAUGUUAAAUGGCCUGAGUAUAGAAGAUACAUGGAUGCUAUUGGUCAACGAGAUAUUCAAAACAGACCAGAUAUCAUUGCACACAUCUUUAGAAUCAAAGUUCGUGCUUUCAUUAACUUCCUUAAAGAGGACAAAACUUUUGGAGAUGUUAGUGCAUAUCUUUACACCAUUGAAUUCCAAAAAAGGGGUUUACCACAUUGUCAUACAUUAUUAUGGGUUCCAUCACCCUUUAGAAUUCAAGAAGGUGCAGAUAUUGAUAAAUACAUUACCGUUGAGCUUCCUGAUCCUACACUUGAACCAGCACUAUAUAGGACUGUUACUACAUGCAUGCUACAUGGUCCUUGUGGUUCACUAAAUAUUGGUGCCCCAUGUAUGGUAGAUGAUAAACCGUUCAACCCAUUAACAACUUUUGAUGAAAAUGGUUACGUGCAUUAUAAAAGACGUGUUGGAUCAUAUCAUGUCUUACAAAGUGGGGUUAUAACUGAUAACGGCUUUGUAGUGUCGUACAAUAAACGUUUGUGUAGUCGCUUUGAUGCUCACAUCAAUGUAGAAUAUUAUGGAUGGAAUAUGAUGAUUAAGUACUUAUUUAAGUACAUUUCAAAAGGGGUUGAUCGCGUUCGUUUCACUCUUCAAACAUCAGAGGAAAAUAUUACUGCUUCUUCCUCUACCAUACCCGUCAUUGUAAAUGAAAUCAAGUCGUUUCUUGAUGGUCGGUAUAUAUGUCCACACGAAGCAGCAUGGCGAAUCCUCAAUUUUCCCAUUCAUGAACGAGAUCCACAUGUACAAGUCUUGGCCGUCCAUUUAGAGGGGAUGCAACCUACUAUUUUCAAAGAAAAUAGUCAAUUAGGCUCUUUAAUUGAUACCCCCAAUUAUGGCGUUACGACUUUAAUAGAAUGGUUGCACAAUAAUCAACGUGAUGUUCAAGGAAUUGACUUGACAUACAAUGAUUACCCUUCUAAAUAUAGUUGGGAAAACAAAGAUAAGAGAUGGGUUCAUAGGACUACCACGACAAAUACUACCAUUGGCAGACUUGCAUAUGUACAUCCAACUGCUGGGGAGUUAUUUUAUCUACGGAUUUUACUGUUCCAUCAAAAAGGAUGUAAAUCAUUCUAUGACAUUAGAAUCUUUCGUGAAAACACAUACUCAAAUUUUUGUGAUGCAUGUGAAGCGUUAGGGUUAACUGGUAACGAUAAAGAGUGGCUAACAGCAUUUGAAGAAGCAUCAUCUUAG